AUGGCGGACGCUGGAGCACAGCAAAUGUUCGCUGCGUACCUCGCGACAAGAAAUAACCCUUCGGUAAUCGCGUCUGGAAUAUUUCUUCUCUCUUCAGUAAUGGUUGAUGCGGAUGGAUAUGAUUAUUUGUACAAAAUUAUUUUGAUUGGUGACUCUGGUGUCGGAAAAUCAAAUUUGUUGUCACGAUUCGCUAGAAAUAUGUUCAGUAUCGAAUCCAAGUCGACCAUUGGUGUCGAAUUCUCGACGAGAACAAUUACG